AUGCCGUUGACACAAGAAAAACGUCUGGAUAAUUUUUCAAACAACAAUGAUCAAAGCUAUCUCCAUAAGAAGUUCAAAAAAAUGGCAUCGACCAUUUCAGUGCUUCCAGCCAACUCACAAAAAUGUGACGAAAACGUCCAAAGGGACACUAGCUCCGUGCAAUCUGUUAGUAAUACUUCAAUAACUAAUGGAAGUAUCGCAGCUGCUCAUCCAGAAAUUGAGAAAAUUAAGGAAAACUACGAUAGCAAAAACGCAAAAGUCGAUAACUAUGUACAAAUUAAUUAUAACAAUGAAAACAGUAGGUUAAAUGAUGUAAAUAAUAUAAUUUUUACUGGUAAAACCAGUUUUUCUGAUGAAUUUUUAAAAAAGACUGAGAACUAUGAAAUUGAUACAAACAGAGAUGGGUAUAGUGGAGGGGUGGGGCGAUAUGUAUGUCCAUAUUGUAAACUUCCAUGUGCCAAACCUUCUGUUUUGCAAAAACAUAUCAGAGCUCAUACAAAUGAAAGACCUUAUCCUUGUGUUCCAUGUGGUUUCGCUUUUAAGACAAAAUCCAAUUUAUAUAAACAUAGAAGAUCAAGAACUCACGCAUUGCGUUCGCAAGGGGCAGAUAUCAAUGCUUCAAUCAAUGAUGAAGAUUUGUCUGGUGGUUCUGAAAGUGAUACAUCCGUAACUCCUGCUUCGAUUUCUGAUACAGGAUCUGAUGCUUCACUUCUUCGGGUUGAACAUUCAAGGCCUAAUGAAUUCUCCUCUCCAGAAUUAACAAAUGACAUUACUGCAAAUCAUCCUUUUAAUAACGAUAAUAAAUCUAAGACAAUCUAUAAGCCUAAGUUUAGAGCUGCUUUUUAUCAAGGAAACGAAGAAAAAGAUAAGAUAAAGAAAAAUAUUACCACGAAUGCCGAUUUUCUAACUGAACAUAUCUCAAAGAUAAUAUCAGAUAACGAGGCCAUUGUUGAUGUUAUAGAAACACCUUUACAAAAAAAAUAUAACAAAAUUAAACAAAUAGCAGAAAGUAAACAAUUUUUUAAUGAAAGAGAUAUUAAGCAAGAGGUAACACCUUUAAAUCUAACUAAAAACACAUACGAGUCUGAAAAUCAAUCUAGAAAACGGUCACAUUCAGAAAGCUUUGCAGGAGAAGACACAAAGCACCCUCUAAAUCCUGAGGGUUCUAUAAUAAAAGAUCUAUUGUUAAAAACAAAGGCAAAUGGCAUUUGUUCCUUACUGGGCGAAUUGGAAGAUGGCGUCGGACCGCUAUUUAUUUGUCCAUUAUGUCAAAUAAUGUAUCGCAGUGCCGAUAAUUUGGAGAUACAUCGCUUAUAUUAUUGUAAAGGAAACUCGUCAAAUAAUACUUCAGGCAAUUCCAUCAUAAAUAGGGGAACAAAAUGUGUGCGGUCUGAAAAUGUUUUUUUGAGAAGUAACUCUAUUAAUGUUCGAUUAUCCGAAAGCCAAAACCAAUCUUCUGAAAAUAAUCGUACCAGCAAUUCGCCAUCCUUAAAAAAUAAACCAGAUAAUCUAAUUAUCCUCAAACCGGAACAUGAUGUGAUUGCACCAUUGCCAUCUCCAGGACCACUUUUGGGGAAUACUCGACUAGUUGAUACUCGUCUACCCGUUGAAUUGAAUAGAAAUAAAGAGCAUAUUAGAAUAAAUGGUAAAGACCAUAGCCCAAGAAGAAGAGUGGAUAGUAGAUCUGAUUCUUACAGUCCUCGGUUAAUGGAUAAUGUUUCUCCACGUUCCGUCGAUUUAUACUCACAAACAAAGAUAAGAUGCAUUGAUAAUAAUUCAACAAUAUUACGGUCUAUGGACGAAUUACAAAUGAGGCAUAACUCAACUUCCUUGCAAAUGUUUGGUGGGGAGGUAAAGAUUGUUGAUCACUCCGGUAGUACAACGACUUUACGCAUUGAACCCAGUAAAAAUCAACUUUCUCCAAUUAUGAUUCAACAAAAUCUAUCACCUUCAAAAUUUUUGUCUGACUCUGAAGCCAGUAGUGUUGUUGUAAGAUCAGGUCUCCAUUCAGGUGGUACUAUUGUACAUAAUCCACCUACUCCAAAAGAGAACAUUAAUAUUAAUACACCCCAAACACCGAGGAUGUCAGUUGCUACGUCAAAUAUCCAAAAUUCCGGUAUGGUAAAUAUCCACGACAUAACACACUUUCAGUUUCCCCCACUAAGUGCUAUUACUGCCUAUAAUCCACUUACAUUACCUCCUUUAAGCCCUACAUCAUCGCCAAGUGGUGCGACCUCGAUAUUACACGGAGGAAAGAUAAUUCCCCAUGUCCCAGGAAUACCUGGACCAAAUACUACAGGUAUUUAUGUUGGGAAUACUAGUGGCAGUCUCGUUAAAUCAGUAGAUAUGUAUAAAAGUGUAAAAGUAAGCGAAGGGACAGAUGUACAUCGCACAGCAGGUAAAACACUAAGUCUAUCCUUUGAUAAAGACUAUAAUCCAAGAAAUAGUAAAUUUUUACCGAUGACAGAUAUGGGGAUAUACGAGCGUGUUAAAGAAGUCCAAAAGAAUAAUGCUCCUUUGAUAACUGUAAAAAAUGUUGAUGACCCUAAUUUGUUAUCCAAGAAGUAUACUCCUAGCUACCGAACAGCAAUAUCCAAGCAAGAAAGUCAUCUAAAACGGAACGCAGAAGGUAUAAGCAAAACGAUAAUUUCUAAAGAAAAUAGCAAUUACCCAGGAGCCAAAUACAAAAACAAAGAAAUUAUUAAUUUAAACAAAAAUAACAUAAAACAAGCAGAAAGUGAAAUUAAAUCAUUUAAUUUCGAAAAUCUUAUAACAAAAGCAGAAAUAUAUAAUAAUCAAAUUCAAAGUUCAUCGGAAGUACAAAAAAAUGCAAAUGCUCAAGAUUCGUUGCAGACUACUCAUAAUGACAGAUCCGAAAAAUCUUAUUUCCAGAAGAACCUAGGUGUUACAUCAGGAUCUGAAGACAGAAAACCUAAGUUUUUAAGACCAUCUUCAUUGCCCUUAAAACCAGGCACGUUUACACCUAAAAGGCACCAUGGCAUAACUCCAAAUGCAAAUACAAUGCCAUUAGUAUCUCCAGAAACACCACGGCCCGCUAAGGCAUAUGGCCAGUUAUAUUUAAACGGAAAUGCCUACACAUACCUAGGGCUUAAAUGUUCGGCAAAAGUAUUUUACUGUACUAUUAAUCGGCCGCAACCAACAUACGUCCCGAAUCAACAUUUUCUUUCUAUGUACAGUAAUUGGCAGUUAUUAUCUGAGCUGACAGCGGACCCGUUGGGAUUGUCAGCAUCGUCUGCUAUGUCUUUAUAUGACUCACGCCAUCGACCGCAAACCGUAACCGUCGCUGUGAUUAAGCAGGAUCUGAUAUUGACUCAUUCAUCACAGUGGAAUAAAAUUUUUAAAGACAAACAGACCAUGGCAUCUAUUGAUAUGAAAAAGGAAGAUAACAAAGCAAAUAUGGCAGAUGGAGCUAUAGCACAUAAAAAAGAGUUAGCUGGAGGAUUUGAAAGUAAUGAAGAGUAUACAUAUGUUCGGGGUCGAGGCAGAGGGCGCUAUGUUUGUUUGGAAUGUGGGAUUAGGUGUAAAAAGCCAUCUAUGUUGAAGAAACAUAUUCGUACUCAUACCGAUGUUCGACCAUAUACAUGUAUACAUUGUGUUUUUAGUUUCAAAACAAAGGGAAAUUUAACCAAACAUAUGAAGAGUAAAGCUCACUACAAGAAAUGUUGUGAAUUGGGAAUAAAUCCUAACGAAGGAAAUGACUCUGAAGGAAUUGAAAUGCAUCCUUGUCCUGAAGAAACAGACGAUGAAUCUGAGUCCGAAGGCGAUGACGGCAAUGAAGGCGAAACGGAGUCAAGUGAUACGGAGUUCUACAAAUCUCGAUUACCGGAGCAUGAAGCUGCACAUUGCUUAUUGUCUUUGGGAGGUAAUCGCCUUGCUGCCACAACAACAACACCUGGUCUUAUCACAAGUGCGAGACCAUCCACUUAUCCGUACUCACCAAUUAUGUCUGAUAAUGCAGUUUUUGAUUAUCACACAGACACCAUACAAGAAACUAAAAACGCAAAUGUUGAAUCAAGAUUAGAAAAUGAUAACAAUGAACCAAUGGAUCUUAGUAAGACAGAUUCAAGUACAGCAUCAAAUAUGAUGGAAAUUCCAACAGCUAGAGAAUCAAGUGUCUUAGCAUCAUUGGCUUCCAAUACUGCAAAAUUACCUCAGCAUCAAAGUCAGUGGGUAAAUGGAGAGCCUAUGCUACACACAUACCUAACAGAACGAGCACUUUUGGAUUCAAAAAUAAAACAAAGCCAAUUAGCCAGUAACUCAAGUAAAACAAGAAAAAUUGAAAUAGACAAAUCAAUGUUUAAUGAAAGAAAUGACACUAAAGAAUGUCAUCACCCAAUUAGUGAUAUAGAUAGUAAGGCUGAUAUAAGUAAGAAUGUUACUUCUCAUGACAUUCAAAAUAAAAUUGUAAAUGGUAUGUCAAAGGGUGAAAUUAUGGACAGGGACUCUAAUUUGCUUAGUAAUGGCCUUGGAGAUCCUAAACGAGAUCGGAUAUCCAGUAACUCUAAUUCUGAAAAUGCGAAACAAGUGGUUUCUGAAUAUAUUAAACAUGCUAGAAUAAGCAUGAUGAAAAGCCAUGAUGAAUCAAGUGGACAUGAAAAUCUAAGUGAUGAAAGCAACAGUAGCAAAAUAAAUGUUGAAGAUAAAACCAAAAUAGAAGAGGUUUCAGUAGAUGGAGAGGUAAUAAAACAAACUGGAGAGGAUUCCAUGACUUCCAAUAUUGUAAUAGGUGGAGUAUCUUUUAAAGUUAACAAAGAUAAAGAGUUUGAUUCAUCCAUGCCCUUUUCCCCCAGCAAGCUUAUGGAUGACGGUCGUAGAGUUUGUGACUUUUGUAAUAAGACCUUUACAAAGCCUUCGCAACUGAAACUACACCUUAAUAUACACUACAUGGAAAGGCCAUUCCGAUGUAGUGUAUGUGCGGUCAGUUUUCGUACAAAAGGGCACUUACAGAAACAUGAAAGAUCUGGUUCACAUCAUAACAAAGUUUCAAUGACAUCUACUUUUGGAGCAGCAACAUCUUUUAAUCCAAGACCAUUCCGCUGUUCAGAUUGCAAUAUAGCCUUUAGAAUACAUGGGCAUCUAGCAAAACAUCUACGUAGUAAAAUGCAUGUUAUGCGGUUAGAAUGUCUUUUUAAAUUACCAUUUGGAACAUUCACGGAAAUAGAGCGUGCUGGGCUUAGUUUGACUGACAUUGAUACAACUGAUUGUGCUAGCUCAUUAGCAAGUUUACAAUGCUUAGCUCGCAAACUUCAUGAAAAAGAUCCAACGAGAUUAGAAUACAGAGAACAGACUAUCUCCAUGGCAUCUAUGCCUCCUGCAGGCAGGGAAUCUUCGGAAGAUGAAGAAGGUCCAGUACCUUCCGACAAACUGUGUGAAAAUGAAAUUGAUAGUUUAAAGAAAAGCAUUGAAAACAUGGAAUGUAAUAAUUCUGAUCAUAAUACUUUUAGUGCCACAGAUAAUUAA